GCCCAACGAAGAGGAGAAAAAUGGAAAAUUCUAACCGAAAAACGUAGGAAAAAAUGGAUUUUAAAUUUACGUUUACAGUCGGGAGGAGCAGGGUCUGCCAAUGCCCGUGUCUGCAGCGACCACUUCGUCAGAGGCUGCCCAAGUGCUUUGGAUGACGAAGAGUCGGAGGACUGGGCUCCGACGGUCAAUCUCGGCUACGAACGAAAACCCAGAUCGGAAUCAGUUCUCAAACGAGAGAAAAGAAUGAAGCUUAAGGCAGAACAGCAUCGAUGUGCAGAGGCGAUUUUGGAUAUGCAACAGACGGCUGAGAGCCCGGAUUUGAGCCUAGUGACAGUGGAGAACCCCGAACUGCAGCUUCCAGCUGAGAAUCCACAACCAGAAGACUUCAGUGUGAAUGAGACAUUCACUUAUCCAGGCUGUGCGGAUGCUGGAUGCCAGACAGAGCUGACGAUGGAUGACAUCGAGAAGAUGGAGGAUGUUUUGAGACAGAACACAGCAGAGCUGGUUGAUCUUCGGAGCAAGGCUCUGGACACACAGUUCAGCCAGGAGGCUUUUGAAAAAAAUGAAGACAAGACAAAGUUCUACACAGGGCUCCCCAACUUCUUAGUUUUAAUUCAGAUUUUUGAACUGUGCGAGCCCUAUAUCACCUCGGACCUAUGUCUUUGUUGUCCAAAUUUGAACAAUUCAUACUAG